AUACGGCACACGACCCCACUGUCGUCGGACCAAUUAAAAACAGUGCACGAGCAGACAGAAAGCACACGGCAGUACGCAACGGUAAGAAAACGCACGACGUCUGCAACGUUCAAACUGCACACGACUUAUUAAGUUUUGCGAAAAUAGAAAAAAUAUAGAAAAAUGUCUGACGAUCCAGAACCACUCCAAUUCCCAAGGCAGCGGAUCGACAAAGUUCCGCCUUAAUCGAAAAACUACCACAAAUAAAGUAUAAAGACGGUAAAUAAAUAAAUUAGUCUCUAAUAAUAUACGCUAAUUUAUCCUUAAUAGUUUGGCAUAGUAAUUUCACAAAAUUCCAGUAAGGAGGAAUGCCUCUCAAAAUAAUAGCGAAAACGGACAAUAAUUUUCCCAAUUUACCAGGAACCCGUACCGUACUUUUUGCCACAACACCAUACUUACUACAUUCAAAAACCAGUGCACCUAUAUACCCGUAAUAGUAUCUUCACAUUUAGACACACAUAUCUUAACAGUAAAACAUAAUAAUCAUUACAAUAUUAAUUUGUAAGAUUUCCUUUGCGGGUUGGACCCACUUCGAACAGUGCAAUCUUACACCCCUCUUCACGAAUUUCGUUGCAUUAUACAGCUGCGCUCAAGCUAAUAGUCGAACGUAAAUCUCGAAUUUCCUCAUUAAAUCAUUGGUUAGAACGGCUUACAAAACUGCCGGACAUCGGAGAACAUUCAUUUAUUUUCAGCCGGUUUCAAAACAUUUAAAUAUCAGAAAGUCAGAUAUGUGGUGCGGAGAGAAAAGGAGAAUUUAUUUAUUUCCCGUAUUUAUCCUAUUGUGUAGUAGGCUGGCUUUAGCAACGGAAGAAUCGCAAGAAUUUUUAGAAUCCAAUCAACCUGACCAGUUAACAGAAAAUCAAGAAAAUGAAAAAUCAGAGGGUCAGGAAUUCGAUGAAAAAUCGUACUCUCUCCAGCAGUCUCAGUUCGUACCCAAACCACCACCUAUAAAAUUUGGAAAUAAAGAUCCCAUUCCGUUUCCUUUACCUCUACCUAUUCAGUCGGGACAUGUAAUCAUUCCCGCAUUGACUGCUCAACAGCAACAGCAACAACAACAGCAGCAGCAACAGCAGCAGCAGCAACAACAACAACAACAACAGCAGCAUUUUCAAACCAUCCAAAAUUCUCAAGGCGCUCACGGUUCAUUACUUUCGCAAGGAUCGCAAAGUAAUCUAAUUAAUAGCGAUGCUCAGUUAAUAGCCGAAGGAUCUCAGGCUCAUCCCGUGUAUCACGGCGUACCACAACCGCAACAACAACAACAACAACAGGUUCCAGCUGCUCAACAAGAACACGGUUGGUACGAUCACGAUCCUCACAACAAUCAAUUUCCUGGUUUUCCGAAUUUACCGGGUAGUGAUCAUUGGCCGUUGCCUCAGCCAGAAAUGCCUAAAAUAGUGAAUUUAGACGUGAAAUGCGAAAAAAAUUUAAUGAAAGUUGCGAUCGAGUUCGAUAAACCAUUUCACGGUAUUAUCUUUAGCAAAGGUCAUUAUAAUUACGGAAGUUGCGUUCAUCUUCCUGCGGGAUCGGGUAGAAGUAGCGUUUUCUUCGACGUUUCGAUCAAUAGCUGCGGUACGUUAGGAAAUACUCAAAACGGACUUUACGGAUACGGAGCGCACAGUGGCAGUGGAACCUUCUUCGAAAAUACUAUUAUCGUCCAAUACGAUCCACAAGUGCAAGAAGUUUGGGAUCAGGCGAGAAAACUUAGAUGCACGUGGCACGAUCAAUACGAAAAAGCCGUAACAUUUAGAGCAUUUCCGGUCGAUAUGUUAGAUGUGGUGAGAGCUGAUUUUGCAGGAGACAAUGUAGGAUGUUGGAUGCAGGUUCAGGUGGGUAAAGGACCAUGGGCUAGCGAGGUGUCCGGCAUCGUUAAAAUCGGGCAAACUAUGACUAUGGUUUUAGCGAUUAAAGACGAAGAAAAUAAAUUUGAUAUGCUAGUCAGAAAUUGUAUUGCUCACGAUGGGAAAAGAGCACCGAUCGAAUUAGUGGAUAGCUUGGGAUGUAUCGUUAGACCGAAAUUAAUGAGUCGAUUUACAAAAAUAAAAAAUUUCGGAUCGAGUGCUUCGGUGCUAACUUACGGCCAUUUUCAAGCAUUUAAGUUUCCAGAUUCGAUGGAAGUACAUUUUCAAUGCACCAUUCAGAUUUGUCGAUAUCAAUGCCCGGAACAGUGUGCUCAUCCCGUUAAUCCACAUCCUCCUCAACACGAUUCUUACGUUCCGGACGGAUAUAUUCCCGCAGGAAGACCUCGUGAAGAACGUGAUAUUGCCGGGCAUCAGAAAAACGUUCGACUGGAUAAAAAUAGUAACGUUCAAGACAUGACAGAAAUCGGUCUUAAUCGGGUAAUUCGGGUGGUGUCGGCGGGAGAUUUAGCAUUUUCUCUACAAUCAAACGACACCGUUCCCAUUUAUUACACUCAGGAACGUAUCGAGAGCGGCAUCAUUUGCAUGUCCACACCCGGUUUUGCUGCCACACUGGUAAUACUUUUAUCUGUUCUGAUUAUUUCUUGUCUCUUAUCGACUUUUCUCUGUCUGAGACAACGCACUUUACCCGGGGCAUUCCCUUACGAUCUAACAGAUCUUAAAAAGAACAAACAUUGAAUCAUGGUUAAUUUAAUAUCGCUAUUUAUUAAUAGAAAAAAAACUUUUUAGUUAUUUAAUAAAACUGAUGUCUAUUAUUAUUAUUAUUAUUAUUAUUAUUAUAGU